AUGUCAACAUCUGUUAAAAUGCUGGGUAUAACUUUUGACGCAAACUUAAUCUGGACCCCACAUAUUGACAAUCUAUGCACAAAACUCACAAUCACAGACAACGGUGCGGGAUACUCCUUCAUCAAACGAAUAAAAGAAGGAUCUAUUAUUCACAGUAUAUCACACAUACAGGUUGGAGAUCACAUAGAGAAAUUAGACGGUGAAAAUAUGGUAGGUAAACGACACUUCGAAGUAGCCAAAGCUCUGCAAGAAAUCCCCAAGGGAACCACUUUCACAAUCCGAUUAGUUGAACCAAUGAAGAGCGGAUUUAGCAGCAUAUCACCUAAUACUGGAAGAGGGUCUUCUGAGAAGAAAAGUUAUGGUAGCGGCAGGGAGACUUUGAGGUUCAAGGCCGGUGGAGAAGCGGAAAUCGAAGAAAGAGUAAGAUACUUUCCUGAUAUACUGAGUGGCAUUUUAAAAACUGGAAUACACAAAAAGUUACGGGUAGUGCUUUUUCUCCCAUCAGAUUUUUAAAUAUCUUUUCAAACA